AUGCAGGAGGCCUUUGAGAAAGCUGCAGAGGAGGUGAAGGUGCUGAAGGCCAAGCCGGAUCAGAGUGAGAUGACUGAACUCUACGGGCUGUACAAGCAGGCCACGAAGGGAGACAACAAUACAGACCGACCGGGAUUCUUUGAUUUUAUGGGGAAAACCAAAUGGGAUGCUUGGACAUCAAAAAAAGGUCUGUCCAAAGAGCAAGCAAUGGCCAAAUAUGUCGAUUUGGUGGAGAAGCUAAAAGUAAAAUAUGGAAUCUAGAGUUUUGUCUUCUUAGCGACUGCAGAACAAAAUACUGAACGAUGCUUCACGGUUUGGACCCAAAACUCAAACCACGCGGCGCACACGUCAAAAAGAACCCAAAUGGAGAAGGACAUGUCUUUCUCUGCAGCAUAGAUACUUUUUUGUUGUUGUUUUUUGAAUAAAUUGACAAAAAACAGAGAAAAUCGGUCCUCAAAGUGGCAACAAACAUCAAUAAAACCCUUUUAAAAUA